AUGAGCGGUUGGCUGCGGAAACGAGGUCAUGUGCGCAAGAACUGGAAAGCACGUUAUUUUGUACUGGAAAAAUCAGUCUUGCGUUACUACACUGAUUCUUCACGCACAAAACUAAAAGGUGAGGUGCUGCUUUUCCACCCGCAGACUCGCGUGCAUUAUGUGGAUGUUCACGUGGCUGGUGGUAGGGAUGCCAGUUUUGCUGUCCAAGUAGGUCCAGAAUACACUUUGCUGCUGCAGGCUACUCAACUUCGUGACCGCGAAAACUGGAUGUACUGUAUUGAAGACGCACUUCUUUGUCGGGAUUCGUAUCACCCGCAAGGAGUGACGACUAGACCAGGACCGUUCUUUGAUCUGCGUGAGAGUGUGGCGCAUCGGCGGCUGCUGAGUGCAGAAGCAAUGGCGCUUGACGGUAAUUCAUUCAGGGAAAAUCUAGGUGGCAUUAGCCAUGCACACGGAGGUGCAGCCAGUUAUGAGCUCAGUGACGACGAAGGCUUUGAUGACGAGAGCGAGCUGUCGUUGGAUGGACAGAGAAGGAGCGAUUACGGUGGUAAUGGUAGCAGUGGUAGUGAUGUGCUUAGGCUUUGGGCCUCGUUGCAUGCUAAACCGGGUGGUGUGCUGAGUGCUGUAAGCUCUGCAUCUCCUACGAUGCGUUUGCUGCUACGUGCGUGCGAUCAAUUUCUUGCAAGUUCCGCAAUGCGUCAGCAUAUAGUCAACUUUCUGACCAUGUUUCGUCAGAAGUACGAGCACUUGUCUGCUUCUACAGUGACGACAAUGGGUUCAUCAGCUUGGACCCGACUCUCGGAGCCCUGGGCGCCAGUCGGAAUUGGUGGAACUGAAUCGGACAGUGACUCAGAAUUGCGGGACGGUUCGAUGGGGGAAAUUCCACACGAGUUGCAAAAUGUCACGACCUUGCAGGAUGCUCGUAGUCUUCUGGCGCUCAAAAACUAUCGUUUUUUCUUGGAACGAUCGCUGGAGCUUAUCAUGGACCAUUUGGCUAACGUUGUGAACCCGAGCACACCUCAAAAGCACGGACCUUCUGCUCUGAAUGAGAAGCAGGCUCCUACUGAUGAUGAGUGGGCGCUGGCUCGUCGUGCGGCCCUGUACAAGCUGGAGCGACGCACGUUCAUUCCAUUGCAGGAGAUUAUAUACCAGCUACUGGGAGCUGGAACUGGACCUGGCUGUCGGCAGGAGGAAGAGGAGCGCUUUGAGCGAUUACGAGCGUCCGUGGCCGCGCAACCGCAGAGCUUUUUGGAGAUUCAGCCGUCGCAUCAGUCCCCAUCCGAGUGGAAAUCAGUGAUCGCGCUGUUUGACUCCAUGGACAAUUACUCUUUACCAUCAGAGAAGGCCGCUGUUCUUGUGGAGGCAGCGCGGUGUAUAUACGAGACUCACGCAAGGGAGCAUGGCUUUGAGGCUGACAGCGCUAGUAGCUCAAAGCAGCAAAAACAAUCGACGCUUAUGGCAGCCGAUGACUUUCUACCCAUUUUUAUCUUUGUCUUAGCCCGUUGUCAUCUACGCAGCGUCAUUAUCGCUCGCCAUUUGAUCAGCGAAACGAUGAUUACGGCAUUGAUGAUUGGUGAGACGGGGUAUUAUGCUACGAUGCUGGAGGCAGCAAUAGGAUAUAUUGCAGCUUUUGACGGGUGCUGCCAAGACAGACAAGAUGACCAGUCGUGA